AUGACGGGGUUGAAGCAAGCACUGCGAGCAGCCUUCCAAUCUCUCCUCCGAGGGCGGUCUUUUCUGCAGGCCCUGUUCGCAUUUUGGAUUAGUCCGGCCAAUCUCAAAGAGCAAAGCGUAAAGACGGAGUUGUCACGGCGAACUGUCGAAGAUUUCUUGAGAGAGGCGAGGCAGAGGUUGCUGGGCCCGAUCGAGGGCGACAGGCUGCAAUGUCUCUCAAAAGAUCUCAAGCUUCAGUUCCGUGGUCGUCUGCAGCAUCACGCCGAAUCUAUGCUCCCCUCAUUCAAUCACCUGCUGCCGAGCGGAACGGAAAGGGGUCACUAUCUCGCGCUUGAUGUGGGUGGCUCGACCCUGCGGGUGGCUUUGGUCGCAUUGAGGGGACGUGAGGCGUCCGGAAAAGAGAGCGAAAUUAUUCGAAUGCAAUGUUUCAAAAUUACCCCGGAAAUAAAGAAUUUGGAGGGGAUGAACUUCUUCGCCUGGAUGGCUAAGCGCAUCUGCGAGGUCGUGAAGGAGGAUACCAGCAGCAGCAGCUCUGGCGAGCCGAUCCCCAUGGGAUUAGCCUGGAGCUUUCCGGUAGAGCAAACAUCUCUAGGAGGGGGUUUGCUGCUGGGAAUGGGCAAAGGCUUUCUAGCUACCGUUGGCCUACUCGGUCAAGAUCUUGGCAAAAUCCUACAAUCCGCGUGUAAACAGCAAGGGCUCAACGUGGAGCUCGCUGCCAUCGUAAAUGAUGGCUCAGCAACUCUGCUAUCGCAGGCAUACGUGCAUGAACAGACACGCUUUGGUCUCAUAUUAGGCACCGGCGUUAAUAUCGCUGUGCAUCUGCCGGUAUCUGCAUUCCAUCGCUCAAAAUUUGGCAACCGACCGGACAGUUGGUUCGAGUCGGCCAGUCAUGUCAUCGUUAAUACAGAGUUAGGCAUGUAUGGCCAUGGGGUCUUACCGAUCACUCGCUGGGACGAGUCGCUCAAUGCUUCCCACCCACGGCCCGAAUUUCAACCUCUUGAGCAUCUCCUAAGUGGCUACUAUCUUGGAGAAAUUGUGAGGCUAGCGUUGGUCGAAGCUGUCGAAAGCGCCGGGCUAUUGGGUGGUGUUAUUCCGCCUUCGCUGGAACAGCCAUAUUCUCUAGACACAGAAACAUUGUCAAGGAUAGAAUCUGAUCCCUCUAGUGACUUUCCAUCAGCACUCCCCUACUUUGCGGCAACGCAUCCAUCGGACGUGCCGCCAACAGCCGCAGAUCUCUCCGCGAUCCGCGAGCUGUCGGGCUACACCCUCCGGCGCUCGUCUGCGCUCCUGGCCGCCAGUGUCUUCGGGCUAUGGGAGCUACGACACGAGACCGAGGCCGAAUACCUCAGCUCGCAGCCGCCCUCCCCGCUGGCAUCGCCCGUGGCCCCUCGCAAGGCGUCCUUCGUCGCCGAUGCCAAGGCGGAGACCGCGCUGCCGCAGACAAAGGUAGCGUACAACGGCUCCGUGAUCGAGCGGUACCCGGGAUAUCGCGAGAACUGCCAGGACUAUAUCAACGCACUCGUGUCGGAAAGCGAGCACUCGGGGCAGAUCGAGCUCGUGCCUGCCCUCGAAAGUUCCAUACUAGGCGCGGCUGUGGCGCUCGCUUGCGUCAGGGAGCAGAAGCAGGACGUCCUUUCAGCGUAA